AUGAACGUGACUCCCGGCAGCUGUACGGCAGAGAUGCCGUAUGGAUACCAGCCCCGUAUGAAAGGCUUUUACAUUGCCACUGAGCUUAUCAUCGCAGUGCUGGCCAUCAUAGGAAACCUCCUGGUCUGUCUGGCUGUCACCCGCAACAAGAAACUCCGCACUGUCACCAACUAUUUCCUGGUGUCCUUGGCAGUGGCGGACAUCCUGGUAGGAUUGGUGGCGAUUCCCUGUGCAGUGCUAACAGAUCUGGGUCGACCUCGCCAUAACCUGCCCCUCUGCCUGGUGCUGCUUAGCAUGCUCAUGGUACUCACCCAGAGCUCCAUCCUGAGUCUGUUAGCAGUAGCAGCGGAGCGCUACAUGGCCAUCCUUCUGCCCUUUAAGUACCAGCGCAUCAUGAGCCCAAGGAACGCCCAGCUGGCCCUGCUGGCCACAUGGGGCCUGGGAGCCAUCACUGGCACAGUGCCCCUCAUGGACUGGAGGAGACAGACAGACUCGGACUAUUGUAUCUUCACUUGUGUGGUGGACAUGAGCUACAUGGUCUAUUUCAACUUCUUCUGCUGCCUCCUGGUGCCACUGGUGGCCAUGUUCAUCAUCUACGGCCACAUUUUCCUCACUGUCCACCGUCAGCUGAGACGCAUCGCUGUUGCCAGGGGACCCCCAGAAGAUCGGACAGCUUCAGGCAGUGCAAGCACCGGAACAGAGGACAUUGGGAGUUCUGCAUCUGGGAGCACCAUGGGAUGUAGUGCAGACAUGGGGAGAGGAAAAGGAACCAGCAGAGAAAAGAAGGAAAAUAUGGGAAAAUGUGUAGCUGGGGAGGAAGUAGAGUCUGGCAUUGGGUAUCUUAUUGAAACUGAGAAUACCAUCGUCUUUCCAAACCGAGGGUUAAGGAUUGCCUCGGCUGAAUCUACCAGCUCCGCCUCUGGCCCUGCAAACCCCCGUCCAGGAGAGUCCAACCAGGCCAAAUCCAACGUUCCAACUUGUCAGGAGAUGCGUAAAGCCACCUCCCUCUUCCUGGUGCUGUUCCUCUUCAUGGUGUGCUGGAUGCCCAUCCACCUCAUUAACUGUGUUCUGCUGCUCUGCCCACAGUGUGAGGUCCCCAUGUCAAUCACACUAUCAGCCAUUUUGCUCUCCCACGCCAACUCGGCCCUCAACCCGAUCCUGUACGCGUACCGUAUGAGGUCGUUCAGGCACACUCUGAUAGGAAUGUGGAGAGGAAUUUGGAGCGUUAUGCCAAAACAGCAGUAG